AUGAAGCAUGAGAUUCAUACUUCUAACAAAAACACCUGGGCUAGGAAGAUUGAAGACCUUAACUUGGACAGGAGCGGCGAAAAGCUUUGGAAAUUUGCAAAAUCAUUUGGAGUAGACCACUCUGAUCAUCACCCACUUACUAUUGAAAAAAAAAAUGGCAAGCUGCUGUCUGGGAAACCUACUGCUGACCUUCUAAUGAAGCACUUGAGUGGAAUUGGAAACUUGCAGAUCCAUCCAAGAAAACUAACUGUACUGGAGGAAAGUAAUGAAUUGCAAACCAAGAGGCAGUGUACUGGAUGCUCCUUUCAAUGA